GUCUCAACAUCGAACCAUUCUCUUUAGUGUUUGCCCUGUCUCUCCCAUGUCUGCUUGUCCACCGCCCACGAUUUGAUUUAAAAAUUACAUAAAUGAGCCCUUGAAACUGGCCAUUUAGUAACUUAGACAACACCUAACCAGUGUGUCCUAUUGAGCGGCUUCAAACCUGACAGGAGAACGCAAAGUUCCCCUAUCAUUGCUACACUGAAAAGUUUCCAAUCAAAGCCCCCCCGCUGAUAAACCCAGAACAGCAGGGAUGUCCCAGCUCCAGUUCCACUGUCCGGCGAGUCCCAUGCCCGCUGCCCCUGCCCCACGGCAACUGGGGCAGCCUCAGCUGAGGCCAUCUUUCAGCAUCCCCUGCGCUACGAGCACAUUGGCGUCGGAGAGCGCCGGCCAGCCCGUCAGGAGCUCAGCUCUCCCUGCGGGCUCAGCCACUCCCUACAGUACCAUCACAGUAUCUAACAUGGCAAACCCUAAAGAGAAGACCCCCAUGUGUUUGGUGAAUGAGUUAGCCCGUUUCAACAAGCUCCAACCUGAAUAUAAGCUACUGAGCGAGCAAGGACCGGCUCACUCCAAAAUUUUCUCAGUGCGGCUCACCCUGGGAGAUCAGCACUGGGAUGCCGAGGGGACCAGCAUCAAGAAGGCUCAGCAUUCCGCCGCUACGUCUGCCCUGGCUGAGACUGUACUUCCAAAGCCCACCAUCAGGACACCACGCAACAUAGGCAAGAACUCAGAUGGUAUGAUUCAAAUCAUGGAGUUGAACGCAUUGUGCUCAAAACUUAGUAAAAAGCCCAUAUACAAACCCAUCGACCAAUACCCAAUGAGACCGCCACACAUGAGUUAUGGUGUCCGUGUUGCGGGGCCCUAUCAGCGCUCUAUGCAACAUUACUACUACCCAUUUGCUCCCAUGGGACCAAUGAUCUACCACAUGGAACUUUCCAUCGGAGGCCAGCAGUUUAUCGGGAAGGGACGCACGCGGCAGCUCGCCAAGCAGGACGCCGCCAUCAAGGCCCUGAAAGUGCUGCAGAGGGAGCCCAUAUUGCAGCAAAUGUCAGAGGUGAACGAAGAGCCUGAAGAAGAAAACCUCAACAAGUCAGAAAUCAGUCAAGUGUUUGAAAUUGCACUGAAGCGCAACCUGCCUGUAAAUUUUGAGGUGUUAAAAGAAGAAGGUCCGCCGCACAUCAAGAGCUUCGUGGUGCGCGUUGCAGUGGGAGAGUUCACCGGAGAGGGCGAGGGGAAGAGUAAAAAGAUCGCAAAGAGGUUGGCAGCUGCCGCUGUGCUCGGCGACUUGAAGAGGCUACCUCAUAUACCCAGCAUGGAGAAGACGCUGCCACGCAUCAAGAAGAAAACCAAAUCUAUUAUUAAGCUGCAGACCAGCCCGGAAUACGGCCAGGGAAUGAAUCCCAUCAGCCGUCUGGCUCAGAUCCAACAGGCCAAGAAGGAGAAGGAGCCUGAAUACAGCAUGGUGACGGAGAGAGGGCUGCCGCGGCGUCGGGAGUUCAUCAUGCAAGUGAGAGUGUGCGGCCAGUCUGCGGAGGGCAUGGGGCCGAGCAAAAAAGUGGCCAAGAAGAACGCGGCAGAGAAGAUGUUGGAGUUGCUGGGAUAUAAAGUGCCUCAGCCUCAGCCCCCUAAACCGGCACUUAAAACUGACGAGAGGACCCCUGUGAAAAAGCCUGGUGAUGGACGCAAGGUGACAUUCUUUGAGCCCGGCUCUGUAGAGGAUGUGCCCCUGGGUUACAAGGAGGAGGAGUUCCGCCUGCCUUACUUGAGCCACCAGCAGCUUCCCGCGGGCAUCCUUCCCAUGGUGCCCGAAGUGGCUCAAGCGGUCGGUGCCUGCCAAGGACCACAUACCAAGGACUAUGCCCGGGCAACACCAAACCCAGGCAAGGCCACCGUCACUGCCGUGAUUGCCAACGAACUGCUGUACGCCGGCACGUCCCACACGGCUGAGGCCAUCCUCAAGAAUAAAAGUAUCCAGACGCCCCACGGUCCCCUCACCAGGCCCUCUGAACAGCUGGCUUACCUUGCGUCUGUGCAGGGCCUGCAGGUGGAAUAUAAAGAUUUCCCCAAAAAUAAUAAGAAUGAGUUUGUAUCGCUGAUUAACUGUUCCUCCCAGCCACCGCUCAUCAGCCAUGGAAUGGGAAAAGAUGUAGAAUCCUGUCAUGAUGUGGCUGCACUUAAUAUAUUGAAACUGCUGUCAGAGUACGACCAACUGUUAAAUGAGCGGACAGGAAACGGAACAGUCUCUGGAUGUGUGAAACAGGAGGUCGAGGGCGAGCUGCACCCCAAACCGGCUAACUCAAGCACACUGGCCCCGCCCCUGGACGGCAGCGUUUAGACCAUCAGGUUGGCUAGACUGUAAAAGCACUCGAGAAAACUUGAAGACACUGCGUUCCAAGUCGCUGCAGGACAUUUUUGGCGGCUGCCAGUCAUGUUCACCGUUGCACCGUGUUCACAGUUAAACAAGAUUGAACUGAACAUUUUGGUUUUGCUCUCCUUGAUGUUGUUUAAUUGUACAUUCUUUUGUUGCUCACAAGUGGGAGUAGCUGCAUCCUGACCAGUGAUUUGGGGCUCCAGUUGAAAAUACAAACUGUGAAUUAUGUCCUGCUAACCAUUGUUUUUAAGUAUUAUGUUUUAUUACUUCCUUUAGGUUAUUCAUAAAAAAACGAGAAGCCCAUUUUUUUUUUCACCUUUGUUUAGGGUGCAGCUUUCUGCAGUGCUCUCGCUCAAAAACCACCAGUGACGUGUUACCGACAUUCGCCAUGCAGGGCCAGGAAGAAAGAGUGUGUUACUUUAAAUGUAGCGUGUGAUGUAACGUGAUGUUGUCUCCACUGUGCGUGGCAGAGCAGUCUUAACUCCCUUUCUCUCCUUUAUGUCGGCCUCCCGUCUCUUUCUGCUCCUUAUGGAAAUAAACCUGUGUGUUCAUGCGCACAAAACAAAAA